CCGGGCUUCGCUGCUCGGCGCGCCGCCGCUCCGGUGCCGCCGGCGCCUCCCCGCUGGCGGCGGGGCCCGGCCGCCGCGCCCGCGCCAGGCCGUGCGCAACAGGCAGGCGGCCGGCGGAGCUGUGGGCGCCGGCGAGAGAGAGCGGCCGGUGACCGAGCGGCCGGGGGCGGCGAGCGAGCGCCCGCCCGGGGCCGGGCAUGUGCGGCGGGGCGGCGGGCAGGGCGCCCGGGCAAGGGCGUUUGAAGGAAACGUGAGGCGCGGCGGCGGCGGCGGCGGCGGCGGCAUGGACGCGGCGCCGGGCCGGAGCCCCGAGCCGCGGGAGAAGCCGCCGGUGCUGGACGGGGAGGCGGCGGGGGCACCCGCGGGGGCGGCGGGCGUCGCCCCGGCCUCGCCGGCGGCGGCGGAGCAGAUCGUGGCGGAGGGCGAGGCGGCGGCGGCGGCGGCGGCGGGCACGUUCGUGCAGCGGCAGCUCGGGGCCAUGCUGCAGCCCGCCGUGAACAAGUUCUCGCUGCGCAUGUUCGGCAGCCACCGGGCCGUGGAGAUCGAGCGGCAGCGGGUGAAGUCGGCCGGCGCCUGGAUCAUCCACCCCUACAGCGACUUCAGGUUUUACUGGGACCUCAUCAUGCUGCUCCUGAUGGUGGGGAAUUUGAUCAUCCUGCCUGUGGGCAUCACCUUCUUCAAGGAUGAGAACACCCCUCCCUGGAUCGUUUUCAAUGUGCUUUCGGACACUUUCUUCUUGGCUGACCUGGUGCUGAACUUCCGGACAGGCAUUGUGGUGGAGGACAACACGGAGAUCAUCCUUGACCCUCACACCAUCAAAAUGAAGUACUUGAAGAGCUGGUUCCUGGUUGACUUCAUCUCCUCCAUCCCGGUUGACUACAUCUUCCUCAUCGUUGACCUGGAGACCCAGGUGGAUUCUGAUGUCUACAAGACGGCCCGGGCCUUGCGCAUCGUCCGCUUCACCAAGAUCCUCAGCCUGCUGCGCCUGCUCCGCCUCUCGCGCCUCAUCCGCUACAUCCACCAGUGGGAGGAGAUCUUCCAUAUGACGUACGACCUGGCCAGUGCUGUGGUGAGAAUCUUCAACCUCAUCGGCAUGAUGCUGCUGCUGUGUCACUGGGACGGCUGCCUCCAGUUCCUGGUGCCCAUGCUGCAAGACUUCCCCGAGGACUGCUGGGUCUCCAUCAACCACAUGGUGAACGACUCCUGGGGGAAGCAGUACUCACAUGCCCUGUUCAAGGCCAUGAGCCACAUGCUCUGCAUCGGCUACGGCCAGCAGGCGCCUGAGGGCAUGACCGACGUCUGGCUCACGAUGCUGAGCAUGAUCGUGGGGGCCACCUGCUACGCCAUGUUCAUCGGCCACGCCACUGCCCUCAUCCAGUCGCUGGACUCGUCCCGGCGCCAGUACCAGGAGAAGUACAAGCAAGUGGAGCAGUACAUGUCAUUCCACAAGCUGCCUGGGGACACGCGCCAGCGGAUCCAUGAGUACUACGAGCACCGCUACCAGGGCAAGAUGUUCGACGAGGAGAACAUCCUGGGGGAGCUCAGUGAGCCACUCAAAGAGGAGAUCAUCAACUUCAACUGCCGCAACCUGGUGGCCAACAUGCCCCUGUUUGCCAAUGCGGAUCCCAACUUUGUGACAGCCAUGUUGACCAAGCUGCGCUUUGAGGUCUUCCAGCCUGGGGACUUCAUCAUCCGCGAGGGCACUGUGGGCAAAAAGAUGUACUUCAUCCAGCACGGGGUGGUCAGCAUCCUCACCAAGGGCAACAAGGAGACAAAGCUGUCCGAUGGCUCCUACUUUGGGGAAAUCUGCCUGCUGACGCGGGGCAGGCGGACAGCCAGCGUGCGAGCAGACACCUACUGCCGCCUCUAUUCCUUGUCGGUGGAUAACUUCAAUGAGGUGCUGGAGGAGUAUCCCAUGAUGCGCAGGGCCUUUGAGACGGUGGCCAUGGACCGGCUGGACCGCAUAGGGAAGAAGAACUCCAUCUUGCUCCGCAAGCGAGCCGAGCACAGCGCGGGGCCCAUGAACAAUGAGAUGAUCCAGCAGAUCAUGAAGCAUGACCAGGACAUGGCCCACAACAUCCAGGACCUGCAGCAGAUGGCAAUGGGCCGGGAGCUGAGCAGCAAGCCGGUGAUCUGGGAGCCACUGGUGCACGCGCCCCUGCAGACAGCUGCUGCCACCACCAACGUGGCCAUUGCCUUGACUCACCAGCACAGCCUGCAGGCUCACAUCUUCCUGCCGCCCUCCUCCAUCUCCAGCCCGCUCUCACCUGAGGCCACUCUGCUCACAAAGCAAGUGCGCAGGUCCCAGCCCAGCCUGGGGGGCUCCCGGCCCUCCUCCGUGAGCUCCCCGUCAGGGGUGCAGUCCCACCUCCAGACACCGGCUGCUGGUUCGCCUUCCUCCCCCAUGGUCCAGUCCCAGGUGCCCCUGGAGAGCGGGGGCCAGAGACCAAGCCAUGGGGCACAGCCCCUGCCACGCACGGCGCAGAAGGGGGAGCUGCCACCGGCGGCCAAGCAGCCCCUGGCCGGCUCCCAGCCCCAGCUCUCCAAGUCCCGGGGUGCCUCGGUCUCCACCUCGCUGCUGCAGCAGGCGGCAGGGGCUCCGUCCCCCAGCUCAGAGCAGGCACUGCCAGCGGGCAGAACACUACACUACAGCCUGUCCCGAGCCACCGGCUCCCACAUCUCUCUUCUGAUGCAGCCGCAGCAGCUGGUAAAGCACAGGAGCAUCCAGGGCCUACCUGUGGGGCGGCUCACCCAGGAUGUCCGGCUCCUCUCCGCCUCCCAGCCCUCCCUUCCCAACAAAGUGGCCCAGCAAGCUGAUGGGAGCUCCCUGCAGCAGGGCAGGAAAUCCGCAGGGAACCUGGCCCGCAGAUCCUCUCCCUCGGUAGCUGGACUUCUCGCCAAGCCAUGUCCGGGGAUCCCAGGCCAGCCAGCACACCCGCAGCAGAUGCCUUCAGGAUCAGUGGCUCAAGCCAGCCACUCUGUGGCGGGAGCGUCCACCCCGCAGUCCCCGGUCUCCGCAUCCAGGCAGGCAGCAGGUCCCUCCCACAAGGGCUCUGUGGCCUUCAGCCCCGAGGUGGAAACAGGGAAGCCCAAACUCCCGUCCAACAUGUGAGCUCCCGGUGGCACCCGUGCACAGGCAGGAGGGACCCGGGCACCCCAGCUGCACCUGUGGCAGGAGAGCAGAGGCGGCAGGAGAGGCAGAGCACCUGGCGAAGGCCCCCAGCCUCGGCUGCAUCAGAGGGAAGAUGAGGUGAGAGGUAGCGCCCGGGCAUGCGGACUGGCCGCUCCGGGCAUGGGGGCACAGCAGGGAUGGGUGUGGGGCAACCCCAGAGCUGGACUGGCUGGAUGAGGAGGGGGCUCUGCUGCCUGCCCCAGGGCAGGGACCCUGCCUGGGCUCUCCCCUCCUUGCUUCAUCACCAUCUGUCCUGAGCCCUGCCCUCCUGGGGGCAGCGGGAAGGGUCAGAGCCCUCACCCAAACCCAGCCUCCCUGGGGAGCCCGGCUCCCUGCAACUGCUCCUUGGGGUCCAGGCCCCGCUGCACUCUGCCCUCACACCCCCACGGCCUCUCCUCGGGGCCAGGCCGGUGCUGGCGGCUCCUCCAGCCUCAUCCUCUCGCUGCAGCAGGCUCCACAUGCUCACCAUGAUCCUGGGAAGGCUCUGCCCAGCGCCUUCACUUUUUGGGAGAGGAGGGAGAGGCAGCCCCACUAGGGCCCACUGCCGAGCACAGAGUGAGGGGGCUGGAGCCCAUUGCAGGAUCUCCCUUGGGGCACAGUGGCAGGACCUGGGGGUCCCGGUCAGGGCCCCCCUGGUGUGACGAGUGCCAAGCGGUGGAGCUGGGGGCAGAUGGGUCUCCCACUGAGAGGCCCCUGCGUGCCUCUCCCCAACUUCGGGGGGCAUCUUGCCUCGGAGAUGCUGGGUCCCCGUGGGGUUGGGGUGUGCCACCAGGCAGGGCUCUGCCCCUACACCUGGGUGCUGUGGCCUGGACCUUCGCCAUGCUCCGGCAGGGGGGCUGCCUGUGGGGGGACCUGUCUGCAGCUCCUGGGAGGGUGCUGAGCCCAGGCUCUGCUCCCCCCCGCCCUGUGCUGCGGUCCCGUUUCCAGACUGCCUGGAGACACCGGUCACCAGCGCUGCAGCGAGAAAAAGGGUGUCAUGAAGAGUUGUCAACCCCGGGCAGCGCCUGGGUGACAUGUGGGGCCACGGGGCUGCCUCCCCUCACCCUCCUGGGUCUCCACGCGGGAGGGCAGGGGCCUGGCGUCUCCGCAGUCAACCCACAUCACCCCUCCAGAGCCAGUAGUCAGCAAUGUGUGUUUGAGUUGUGGCUCUGCUGAGCAGCUGAGCUCUGCUUACAGUGUCGCUUUGGGCCAACUGUGUUAACAGUCCUGGUUAGAGUAGUGUCCCUUCCCGACCCUGCUGCGCUGCGCAAGCUGCUUCCCACUACUGGAGUCAGGAACCAUGGCUUGUAGUCGUGCUCCAGAGCCUGGCUGCUGCCAAGCAGGGCCUGCCAAACCCCUGGUGCAGUGGGCGAGGGUCUUGUUCCACACGGUACUUCUUGAAGUGAGGUCUUCAGUUCUCCCCCCUCGUGUUUUGGGACGUCGGGACCAGUCCGGACCGCAGCACUGCGCGGGGAGCCCAGCCUGCGGGGCACAGCAGCCUGGCAGGAAUCCCGUCAGUGUGUCCGUUGGAGGGGAUAUCCAGCACUGCCUUUUUUUCACGGACUUCAACUCCCCUUCCCCACCCCCACCCCCAUCCCACUCCAUCCCCAUGGUCAGUGUCUCCCCAGCAGCCCCUCAGGAAGGGGUCUGCAGCCGGGCCACAUAGUCAGACAUACCCAGGCUGUGUUUACACUGCGUGAUGUAGUUGUUUUAGCGGUCAUCCUAGGUGUCCCCCACAGAGCACGCGGGCCAGCCCAGACAGCACUGAGCAUGGCUCCGCUUCUGCUGCCUGCACCGCCGGUGCACCCUCCCCAUGCCACAGCCCCGUGCCAGGAGCCAGAGCCACCCUGUGCUCCAGUCACCGCCGCGGUGGACCCCUGUCAUGAGCUGUGUCAGCUCGUGGCGCCAGCGCCCUGUCCUGGUGGGGAGGCAAGAGGGGCGGCUGGAGGGGCCGGGGGUGCUGGCCGUGCACGUGUGUGUCUCUGCGGCGUGCGUGGGCGCAAGUCUAGCCACCAAAGACCAUGAUCCUUCACUCUUGCACUCACGGCAGUUGAUGUACAGAGCUUGUAGUUUUCAUAUCGCAGAGAAUUUAAAAGCGUUUUUUUAUUUUUGGUUGUUGUACAUAAUGGAUUUAAAUAAUAAAGAGAGAUUCUGAGCUGG